GUAUUGCCUCGGUAGCGGUGCAAGGUCACACUUUCUGGCAGAUUAAUGUCGAGGGUGUGAAUCACAAUAAAUUAAGUAAAAAGUGCAAGAUAACAGACAACAGACACCGAUUCCCUGACACAAUGGCAGCCACCCUGAAGCCCUACCUGACCGCAGUGCGCCACUCGCUGACGGCGGCGAUGUGCCUGCAGGACUUCCCCUCGCAGGUGGUAGAGCGCCACAACAAGCCAGAGGUGGAGAUUUGUUCCAGCAAGGAACUGGUCCUAACGCCCGUCGUGGUGUCGCGCAACGAGCGCGAGAAGGUCCUGAUUGAGCCGUCGAUCAACUCUGUGCGCGUGAGCAUCGCUGUGAAGCAGGCGGACGAGAUUGAGCGCAUCCUCUGCCACAAGUUCACCCGGUUCAUGAUGCGUCGCGCCGAGUCGUUUGUCAUUCUGCGCCGUAAGCCCAUCGAGGGCUACGACAUCAGCUUCCUGAUCACGAACUUCCACACGGAGCAGAUGUACAAGCACAAGCUGGUGGACUUCGUCAUAAGCUUCAUGGAGGAGAUCGACAAGGAGAUAAGCGAGAUGAAGCUGGCGGUCAACGCCAGGGCCCGCACUUGCGCCGAGGAGUUCCUCAAACGCUUCUAGGUGAACAGUCUUCAAGCCCGGCUUACCAAAGUCACGAUGCUCUAGUAUUUCAAAAUCGAUUCAAGAAUAAAGACGUCUUUUGUAUUAUUUACUCAA